AAGUCAGUUAUAGCGUCUCACUUGGUAUACGCUUGCGUCGACACAGAGACUUACGUUCUAUUUCAAAUCGCGUCUGAAGCUGUUUGGAAAGGAAUAUAUAAAACUUUUUUAAUGACUAAAAGUGGACUUACAAAAAUGAAAAGACCUACUCAACUUUAUCCUGGCAAUACAAAUAGUUGCGUCCCUGACAACGGAAUGUCUUUGAUUGAGGCAUUGAACCAAAAAAAAAUUCGAAUCGGAUUUAGAAUAUUUCUGGAAUCAGAAUUCAGCGUCGAAAAUUUGGAUUUUUGGUUUGCGGUAGAAGACUAUAAAACGUUGAAAAGCAAAGAUGCCAAGGAGGAUAAAAUGCGAGAAAUAUACGAAGAAUACGUAUCACCGGGUGCACCCAACCAGAUUAAUCUCGACCACGUCAGUCGUCAACAAAUCAUUCAACAUAUGGCUACUGAUACCACACCAAGUAUCGAUACAUUCAAUGGAGCUCAAAGAUAUGUUUUCAACAUCAUGGAAAAUGAUUCUUACGCUCGUUUUGUUCGUUCAAAAUAUUUUGAUUUAUGUAGCAGUCCAGGCCGAAGAUCUCCAAUACAAGUUUUACAUAAUAUAUUUCGAGGAGGAAAAUCGAAAGAUCGUUCACUUCCGUCGAGUCGGAAAAAUUCAUUUGAAAAUCUUGCCAACACUAAUAAUUGCAAUAACCAUCAAAAACGCUUGCAUGGAAGUGAUGGAAAUAUUACAAGACUAAGUACAGAUUCAAAACAGAAAAGCACCCGUGCGAUAUCUGACCCGACUUUAUCUGAAUUGUCAGUUUUUCGUUCUUUUUUUUCAAGAUUACGGUCAAAAUAAGACUAUUCGUUUUAUGUUUCACUUAUAAAUCAAAUUUAUUCGGUAGCGAGUGCUCAAACUUUAAAACUAAGUUUUAUUCAAUAAUGUUCAUUAAUGAAUUUCCUAAUAAACAAUCUAUGUUUUGCAAAGCACUGUCAUGUAUUACCUUAUGCUUUCAUUUUUAAUAAUUUAGUCUGAUGGAUUUUUUAUGCACAUAGUUUUUUAUGAUAGAAUCUUAAAUAGUUUAAACAUAUUAUUCCUAAUGCCAUUGUUCUUCAUUUUAAUAAAUAUGUCUUUAAUAUGUAAUAGAAUACCUAUAUAUAUAUAUUUGGACCGUGGACGAAACGGGCCCCGACGACCGUUUUAUCCUAGUUCCAUGCUUGGUUGCUGAUAUAAUUUUAUUUUCGAUUAUUUCAUAUAAACACACUGUCAACAAAAUAGCACACAUAUUACUUAUUUAUUUACAGUAAUGAAUUUAAUUUAGCUGACUGAAGAAUCAAUGUUUUUAUUGGUUCAGAUAGUGUUACCCUUACAUUGCUACAAAAAUCUCAAAAUUUUAAUAUCCUAAUUAUUACGGUUAGUAUUAAAUUUGGACUUGAUUUUUUUUUGAAUUUGUGCUGGCACAAAUUGUAUCUUUCACAAUAUGAAACUUAAAAAAUAAACUUACCAUUUUAUUAAACAAAAUUCCAUCACCCAUUAUGUCUUGAAACAAUUCACUUAUUUACAACAAUUUAUUACAGUGUAUGUCAAAUAA